AUGACAAUUGGCAUAGUGUUUGGUUCGGACGGAGGCCAUGCCAGGGAUUGUGCCAUUGAUAUAUAUCACCAUAUAGACGCUAGCAAUGACGUUAAGAUUAUCUCAUCUCCUGUUGACUUUGAAGACUAUGAAAUAUUGAUAUUCAUAGUCAGUACUGGUGGGCAUGGGGCCUUCCCCAGAAAGUUCAUCCCAUUAUGGAACAAAUUAAGUACUACAAAAAAGAUCAAGACAUUUUGUAUAUUUGGAUUGGGCGAUAGUAGGUAUAGGAACUAUAACUAUGCAGCCAGAAAAUUACAAUCGCGCAUGGAAUCUAUUGGCACUGAAUUAAUACCUUUGUGUCUAGGAGAUGACCAAGAUCCAUUGGGCUUCCGGGCAAUGUUUGAACCAUGGAAGACCCAGCUGUUUGAGGCGCUCAACAUAAUUCCAAAACUAAGAUUCCCUUGUAUUUUUACAAUUACAGCUGUGAAUGAUAAUAAAUUUGACGGGCAAAAUGAUUUCAUUGAGAAUUUAAUACAACCUAUAACCAAUUGUACGUUAGUGAGGCAUGAUGUUAUCGUUGACAAUUUUGACAGAAAAGUUACAGAGUUAGACAUCAAGCUAGACUCACAAUUUAAACUUGGGGAUGUCCUAGCAGUUUACUAUCAAGUGGAUAAAAUUUCAAUCGAUAAGUUUAUUAACAACUUUAAUCUAUCUGAUAUUGUUGUUGACCUUGUAAUUAACGAUGCCAAUUACAGUGAGAUGGGUUAUGAGCGAAUAACUAGCGGUAAAUACAAAUUAUCAACACUUUUGAAACACUACUUUGACAUUAAAUCGAUUGUUUCACCGUGGAUGAUGAUGUUACUAUCCAAGUACGCUUUGCUGGAUUUACAUCGCGAUAAGUUGCAUGAAUUUGGCACUACACAAGGUUUAUAUUUGUUCAACAAAUACGUAGAAUAUGAAAGAAGGUCUCUUAUUGAUGUAAUAAUUGACUUUGAUAGCAUAACAUUGACACUGGAACAACUUAUUAACAUAAUCCCACCUUUGUCUCCAAGACUGUAUUCCAUUGCCAAUAGCCCUGGUUGCAUACUACCACCGCUGCCAAUGUCAGUUUCCUAUCAACUGAUGUUUAACAAAGCAAGACUAUUUUCAACUUUCACUAGCAAUGUUAUUGCCAACUAUACUCUUAGUAAUGGACCUGAAAUUGGGUUACGUGGGAAUAAACGAAUUGCACAAUUAUGCGUAGCAUUAGUUGAAAAUUAUACAGUCAGUGGUAGAAAAGUACUGGGAAACUGCUCAAACUGGUUAAUUCACACUUUAAAAACUGGUGACAUGUUUUUUGCUAACAUCUUACCGUGCUGCAUAUCUAAUGAUAUCAGAAAUGCCAUAAUUAACAAACCUUGCAUAUUUCUAUCCACUGGCACUGGAUUCUCAAGUUGUCGUCCGUGGCUGCAGUACAAAUUGUUCAACUCUCCAAGUGAAGUGGUAAAAAAUCUAGUAAUUGUUGGUUUUAGACGAAGACGGAAUGAUUUAUUAUUUUCUAGCGAAUGGUACCUGUACUCGAGGAUUGCAAAAAUUGACAUCGCCUACUCCCGUGAAAUGUCUGCCAACGGAUCACAUUUAUACAUACAAAACUUACUCCCUAAACACUCUGAGAUAAUUUGGAAAAUGUUGCUUAAGGGGUCUAUCAUUUUAAUUUCUGGCAGAUCCCAUCCUAUGCCUAGCCAGAUAUUGGAUACAUUGGUGAAUAUCCUGAUAGGGUUUCACUUCACUGUUGAACAGGCCAGGCUGUUUGUCUAUAAUCUAGAAUCCAGUGAUCGCAUAAUAUUUGAUACAUGGUGA